AUAACUUUUAAAUUAACAAUGGGUGUGUCAGUGUACAUUUUGGCGGCUGUUUAUUUUGCGGUGGGCGUUAUGGCGGGAAUCCUUCCACCCUUCAUCAAGCCUUGUUCGAUCAGCGAUCCAAACUUGAACCAGUGCAUAGAGAAGUCCAUAGAGUUGGCGGGGCCAAAGUUCGCUGACGGGAUCCCGGAGCUAGGCAUCGCGCCGCUUGACCCCGUGCAGCUGGGAACCGUAGUGGUCGACAACCCAGCACUCAAGCUUACCUUCAGUGAUACCGUUGUUACUGGCCUCAGGGACUUCAAAGUUAACUCUUACAAAAUGAACACGGACAAAGGCAAAGCGGUGCUGGACUUCACCGCGAACGUGACGCUGAAGGCCAACUACGUGAUGGAUGGCCAGGUGCUCAUCCUGCCCAUCAGGGGAGACGGACAAGCCAAGAUUAAGAUAACCAAUCUGAACAUCGUAAUCAAGUACGACUACGCGACAACUGACGGUCACUGGGUGGUCUCCGGAUACAAAGACAGCUACAAGAUGGACCGCGCACAGUUCAAGUUCACCAACCUCUUCGGUGGGAAUAAGGAGCUGGCGGACACGACUCUUAGAUUCGUGAACGAAAACUGGAGUAUCAUAAUGUCAGAGAUCGCGCCGCCGGCGAUCAAGGAGAUUAUAAGGAACUGCGUGGAGGAGGUCAAGAAACUGUUCGCAGGCGUCCCCGCUUCGGAGCUAGUACUUCUCUGAAUGCAAACACUAUCGGAAAUGUGAUCAACGCAAACUGGGAGCCCGUCAUCCGAGACAUCGCACCGGUCGCAUUCCAAAACAUCAUCGCCGCCUGCGUGAACGAAGCCAAAAAACUCUUUGCCGCCGUUCCCGCCAACCAGUUGCUUUUACCUUGAACCAUAGACAAAAUCGUAGCUGACAACCCUAAGCCCAUAGAUUAUAUUACAAGAUUCAAUAUAAAAUUGCAAACCACAUGCAUUAUGCAAUUUCAAAUUUGCAACAUAACAUGUGCACAUUUGCAA